ACUUUGUACUUUAACUUUGCCCCGUUUCAUCAGUGGAUGAAGGUAAGGGUACAUCAAAUCAGUGUGAAAUGAUUGCAUGACGAAGCAGAUGCAGUAUUCGAUAUCAGGUAGACAAGAUAUCAUAGUAGGCCAACCUAAUUUCAUUGACAGUGUAACGGGUCACGCAUCCACUGGCGGUCAACCUGUGAAAAAAAUAGACAGAGACAUUACUUUGCUGAAUCAUGGGCAUGAUAAGGACCGCACUCCUCGCCUGCUUGGUCGGGAUCGUUCUCUACGUGUACUUUGAACCCAUACCUGACGCCAUUGAGAUACCCUGGAGAUUAAAGUUAAUGACGCACAUUUUUCCAAUAACUAUUGGCCUACCAUCUAUCAUGCCUGAGAGACUGAGCGCAUGGCUUGCUCCCAAGAUUGCAGAAUCUAUGAGGUCCAGUGGCCCGAACGUGUCCUACGAGGACACGACUUACGGCGGGGUGCCCGUGCGUGUCUUUGACGACCAACGAGACGGGGAGAAAGCAGCCAAACGCCCGGCGAUUGUCUUCUAUCACGGUGGGGGAUGGAGAAUGGGAAACGUGGAUAUGUACCAUUUUCUGACGGCAACAAUUGCACGAGAACUUGGUGCAGUAGUCAUUUCUGUUGAGUACCGGCUUGCCCCAAAGCACGUGUUCCCCGCAGCUAUAGAUGACUGCACGGCAGCAACCGUUGGAUUCCUGCAACAUCUCCAAGACCUCAACGUUGACCCAACCAGAGUGGCUGUCAUGGGGGACAGUGCUGGCGGAAAUCUAGCUGCUGCAGUCGCCCAGAGGCUGACCUUUGACCCAAAGUAUAAGAAACUGCCCAAGCUUAAGAUGCAGGUUCUGAUCUACCCUUGUCUGCAGGCUUUCGACUUCCAGACGCCUUCCUAUCAGCAGAACGGCGACUAUACCACUAUUGUUCUCGAUAAGAUGAUGAUGGCAGAAUUCUGGGCCGUGUAUCUCAACAACAGGCCUUCCUUAAAGACACCGAUGUCCGUUAACCAACACACUUCGGUAAAAGCCAAGAAUUCCCCCCUGGUCAAGAAAUGCCUGCCCCGCGAUCUCAUCCCGGAUGAGUUCAAGCAGGCUGGCUACAAAGCGCCUUCAACCGACUUCGGGGAUGAAGACAUCUACAAGGAGAUCAAAGAAGUCAUCUUGAAUCCAGACUUCGCUCCUCUCAUGCGAGAAGACCUGAGAGGACUCCCAGAGGCUUACAUCCUGACCGCCGAGUAUGACGUCUUGAGAGAUGACGGCAUCAUGUACGCCAAGCGUCUGGAGCAGGCGGGAGUGCCAGUCACUUGGAAGCAUUACAAGAACGGCUUCCACGCGAUGUUCAACACCAAGGACGGACCCUUCACUUCGCCAUCAGGGGAUCUGGCUGUAGCAGAUUUCUUUGAUUUCACCAGAAGAGUUCUUUAACAUUCCAUUUUGUCACCUUGUCAAUAUCAGGCUUAGGUUGGGACUUGAUUUUGCCGUAAUUUUGUGCAUCCCGUGUUGAUGAUUGUGCAACAAUAACUCCGAGACCACGCGUGCUACAGCAGUGCCUGCCUAAUAUUUACAGGCGUCCUUGAUUUUUAGGUAAUUCGCAUCACUGUUUUUUCACAAAUAAUGAAGAUGUUCGUUUCAUAUAAAUUUAUUUUAUCUGCUUAUGAUUGUAGUGUGCGAUUCAGUAGUUCGAGUAGUGGUUUUGUAAGAAGAUUGGGGGAGCCCUGUGAUCAAAUGCAACGAGGUAUUUGUGAUAAAUUUACGGAACAGUCGUAGAGAAAAAUGCAUGUCAUGUACUUCAAUCAUUUCGAUGCUUUAUUUUCCUCCAUAAUUGUUUCAAUAUCAGAAGAGGUGAAUUUGUAUGCGAGACUAAAUGUUGAUGUAUGGAGUUUCUAUAGGUUAAUAAUGAUUGUAUUGAUCACUGAAUGAAUUAUAUGAUUAUGUGUGGGUGUGCUCAAGUGCUGUCCCUUCUUUAGAAAGAUUUAUCGCUCGUCUUGGGGUUUGCAUGUGGGAUUGUUCUAUAAUUAGUCUCGCAGUUUUUCACACAUCAAUCUACCAAUUGUAUGUUGUUUAAAUUCCUAAGUUGCAAAUAUGUGGCCAUAAAUUGUUAUGUAUCCUGUAUUUCUGAUGACUGGUGUUAAUGAUGUGUAACUUUUCAACUGAUAAAUAAGUGCUACUUGUUUAUUUACAGUAUAAAUAUUCAACAAGGGAAACAACGGGAACCAACAGGAAAGGAAAACCGGGAAAGAAACUGGACAAACACAUACCCCUCAACCAGUCAGAUUUCAAAUAUUUCCUUGUCAUUUUCAUGGCUAAGUUGGGCCUACCUUGAAAUUAAAAAGCAAAUAAUUCUGCGCAAAAAUUACUGCAUUUAUUAAUGUUAAUCGCGAAAAGUUUAAUAUUAACAAAGUUCAUAGAGUACAAAUGAUACCAUGUUCGUCUGAAUGAAAAAUGGCAUUUGCUUUUACUACAAAUUUUUAUGCAUGUACUUCCAUCUGUAUGAAUGAAAAGUAGCAAAUGCUUUUACUAAAAACCAUUUGCUAAAGUAUGAAAAUAUUUACUUUUUACUUUUUAGCUUUUGCUACACUAUAGCGUUUUCUUCGUUUCAUAUAAAUAAAAAGGAGUAAAUGCUUCAGAUUUCAAA